AUGGCCACGCCAGAUGUGUUGCAGCUUCUGAGAGACUCGAUCGCAGCAUCGAAACCGCCCAUCCUCACCAAAAGCUCAGAUCCAGACACGGCGGAGGCAAACAGAACGGACUCCUUCGUGGAAGCGACACAUCUUUACUUCACCUAUCCGUCGCCGCAAUGCCUCCCUCUAGAGACGACCACACGGUUCACAUCUACAACCCCGGACACCGCUCAAGUUGAUCUGCGUAGUAUAUUCUUCGCCUGGCAGCAUAAAGAUGUGACUGUCCCAGAGUACAUUGCGCUCGCAGCCGAACUCGACAAGCAGUUGCCGGAAGGUCAAAAAAUCCGAAAUCUGGUCUUCGUCGAACGUCUGGACUUGAUCACCUGGCUAGAAGGAGCGUCAGAAGAGUCGGAGUAUAUCAAGCCCAUUGAAGGCGCGGGCGCGGUUGGAGACGCCGCAAACAGAGCUGCAGAUGUAGCUGGUGGCGCGGCUGUACCUACAGUGGGUGGUUCGGGCAUCGGCGUCACUCAGACGGUUGGUGGAAGACCCGUCAAAGUGAUUGAUGCCAGGCUUCAAGCCAUCUACAAUGGCGAACGAAAGAUGGGCGACCAUAACACCGUGUUGAGAGGAAUCAAACCCACGGAUUUCUCCCACGUGCGCAAGCAUGCAGAGACCUUUCUUGGCCGGCGCAAAGGUGCUCCGUCAGCGAGGCCCGGUCAACCGUCGAAGACUGCAGCCCUUACAGCUCGUCCAGCUGCAGGCCUAUCCAAACCGUUACACUCGGCCGUCUCCUCCAAACGAUCCGAUCCCAUUAUUCUCCUCUCGCCCUCGGCAUCGUCGCUUCUACGCAUGUCAAACAUCAAAACCUUUCUGGACACCGGUCUCUACGUGCCGCCUGACCACCCAACAUUGUCCUCACAGACAACUGCCAAUCUCCUACAUAUCACUCGAACGCUUCAUUCUCUGAGCGAGAAGCCGUACCGAUUCAUCCUUGUUGACUCCCCCGAACAGUUUAAGCCCGACUACUGGUCUCGAGUGGUCGCUGUCUUCACUACCGGGCAGAUAUGGCAGUUCCGUGGCUACAAGUGGAGAGAACCCCAAGAGCUGUUCGGCCAUGUUCUAGGCAUCUACGUUGGCGAGAAAGGCCUACCAAUUCCAGCAGAGGUCAAAGGUUGGGGAAGCAGCGUCAAGACCUUUGCUGUGGAACGAUGGGAUGAGAGAGCUCAUGGUGCCAAUGUGGAUCAGGAUACAAGAGCUUCGAGGAGGUGGAGGGACAGAGAGACUGUUGAAGAGGUGUGGAGAGGUAUAGAGGCCUUCAUGAGAGGCCGUGGAGAAUGGAGGCGUUGA